AACAGCUUUUUGCAGGAAAAAUCCGGCAGACUUGGAGAGCCUGUGAAGUCUUGACAUGCACAGAGACACGAGUCUGUCCUCUGGUUUUUCGGACCACCCCCUAUCGGAUUACUGGAUCUCGCACUCUGAGGAAGGCAAUGCUCGGUCCCUGAUGAGAAUGCCUGAUGGGCAGCAGUGUGACAUCUGUGCCCCAUCCCUCGAGAGACGCAUCAAAAUGGAGCAGUCCUGGCAGCUAUGGCAGGAAUUCCUGGAUGACUAUUCCCGGUUCAACGACUGGAUGCACUGGGCUGAAGCCCUGGCCAGGGAGCCCCUCUCUUCACAGGUUCUGUAUUCCGAGGCUAAGGAGGAGCUGAAGAGGUUUGAGUGUCUCCAGAAACGGACGGAAGAACACGUGAUCCAACUGGAGUCGAUAAACAGACGCUACAGGCAGCUGGCCAGGGAACAGGGCAUCAGAUUGGCUGGCAAGCUGAAAGGAAUGGUGCAUGAUGGGAACCAGAGGUGGGACAACCUCCAGAGAAGAGUUGGCAUCAUCUGCAAAAGGCUAAAGUAUUUUGUAACCCAGAGGGAAGAGUUUGAGACCGAGAGGGAGAACCUGUGGUUGUGGCUCAUGCAGUUGGACGUCCGGCGCUCCGAGCUGGAAUAUUUCUCCCGGGAAGGGGCAGCGGAAAAGCUCGACUCGCUACAGGUGUUGCAGCAGGUGAUUGGCAGUGUCACUGAGGGGACUGAUGCCCUGCUGAGGUUGGCAGGAGCCCUGCUCCAGAAAAGUGAGCCCCAGGACGGGGUAACAAUCGAAACCGAGGUUCAGGAUCUCCUCCAGUUCCAGCAGGAAGUGUUUGGACAAAUGGAUCGGCUUCGCAGGAGAUGCCACAGCAUGAGCCAGACGUCUGACGGAUGGGAAUCCCUCAGUAGAGAGGGCCGUGAGUCUGAGAGCUGCUGUGACAGAAUCCUCAAGGGCAGACGACGCGAGCGGCCAUUGUGGCAGGACCUACUGCCGGAGGGGGUUCCUGGUGGCUAUUUGAUCCCGAGCAACGUGGACUCCUUAGCUCUGGAAUGGGAUUCAUCUGUAGAUGUUGGAGACUCGAGGACACUAGAGGGCAGUGUUUCCUUUUGUAGCUCUGUGCUUGACCGGCCUGAUGGUCCAGAUGCCAUUGCCAAUCCGUGGGGCUGUAGGAGAAACCGGCAGAUCCAUGGUGAAUGGAUGUACGACUCCAGCACAACACAGCAGAUGGAUGUGGGCUGUCAGUGUGACUCUGAAGUUGACACAGUAUCAGGUGACCACGGUCCUCUGUUUGACACCCAGUUGCAAGUCAGAGACAGACACUCCUGUGAUGUUGCUGAUGCUGUUGAAAAGCCACUCACAGGGAAACUGAGGAAGAGGAACGGACUCCAGACGUGGCAACAAGAGGCAACGAGAGAGCGGCCAGGACGAAGCCACUCAGACUGGUUCCAAAGUCAGAGCGUGGGCCCAAAGGCAAGGGCCAGAUACGUGAGGCAGUGGCUUCAAAUGCUGGAGCCCAAACAGAAGCUUAGCGAGAGAGGAACAACCACACUGGAAAUGGCUACAGGACUUGACAGGCUGCUACACCAUCCAUCCCCUCCUUCCAUGGAGAGCAGAUUGCCUUGUACUGGUUCCACCCUACCUCUCCUCCCUGUGGUUGUGGCCAUCAUUCUGUCACUGAUGCUUGUGCUGCUGGCUGUAGUCCUCCUCAUUUUUCCCAUUGUGAUCCAGGAGUGUAACUGGCACCGGAGAAACACGUUUCUACCGUUUCACUUCACGCUGUCCUACCUUAAUGGCCCCCCACCAACAUAACCUCUGCAGAACCUGGGACCUCUUGCUCUUCACUGCAUCGACUAAGGAACCCACUCUUAAUGGAGAACGUUGCGACUUGAGCUGGCCAACUAUCCACCUGCUGGAUCCCAAAAUGAGCCAACCUGUUCAGUGAACGUCCAGCACAGGGUCAGAUUGAAACCAGUUUAAAACUGAUGGAUUGGAGCCAAGUUGAGGCCAAAAGCUGGGAUUGAGGCCGGCAAGGUUGGAAUCUGGGAAUGUCGUGCUUUGUUCCUUGCAUCAUCGAGAUUGGCUGAAGAGCUAGCCGUUUCCACCAUGUCAUGUCUUGUGUCUGUAUUUGUAUCUAUUCUCUCUCCUCUGUGCAUUGAUGCAAAAUGGUUCGUGUGGAGUAACUAUUUUCUCUUCGAAGCCAAACACCCCCCACCCCCCACCCAAAAACCAUACACCCCCCACCCCCCACCCCCCCACCCAAAAACCAAACACCGAGAGUAACAAACCUCGACCCACUGAACAGCCUCAGUGUGGCUCCCUCUAGAGUAAUAUUUCCCAAAUGCUGUUCAGCGUG